UUGGAGUGUCCUUGAUGAAUAUGAAUAUUCUCAAAAGCUUCCAACUUCGAUGCUGAAGAUCACGAAAGUGCAAAAGGACCUAAAAGCGACAAUCAUUCACGCAAGCCCAGCAGCUUUCAGACAUAGGCCUCGGCAAGUUGCGGUCUGAUAUCAUUCAUUCUGCUAUGCCGAAAACCAGACCUAGGAGCAUACGUUAUACUAGUCAUAUGAGCUCGUGAUGCUCUUGGUAACGGAAGCAACGGAACAGCCAACACGAUUGCUGAGCCUCGAGUAAGAGUAGUAGCUACGUACCUUGGAAGUACUACCUACGUAUGUGAGUACUUCGGCUACCAGUUCAUCUGCUCACGUGCUUCACGUGACAUCCUCUAGGAAGGGCGAGAUGGGAUCUAAGUGCAUGCAAGCAAAUUCUGUCCAGCCGAGGCGAUACAAUCUCGCGCAAACACCUGUACGUUUGAGAGUACCAGACCAAUGCUUCCUCGUUAUGGACACUUAAUGCAGCCGCAAAGAGUGUGAAGCUCCAAAGUCCCGCUUUUCUCUUUGGCGGGUCGCCGAGGAUGUCUUUCGCUAAAGCGAUUUGACCAGAGCAAAUCAGUUAGCCAGAAGACCAAACCAGCCAACGGGCGCUCUUUCGCUCGAUCCCUCCUCACACUCCCGAUCUUCAAGGCAAUUUAGCCUCGUAUUCAGCACAGGUCUCGUAGCUUCAGAGCUGUCUCUCAACAUGCGUUCGUCCAUCUCUGAUGAAUGCAGCACGCUCGUCGUCUCAUCAAACACUUGAAAGUCAACUUAUCUGAGGCGUCAAGCCUCCACAACCAGCCAUGAUCUCGACAUCCACCUCGAGACCGCAAUUCAUCCGGUCCAUAUCAGCCAGCUCGUCAAGAGACAAACCUCGGCUAUAUAUCGCUCUCUAUCCACGUGGCGGGUCCUCAACAGUCUCAUCUUUCCGCAGCAAUUUCGAUUGCGACUCGUACCACUGGUCGAUUGUCGUCGGACCGCAAACAGCCGAGAGAAAAGACCCUGGAGUCCGUUAUCAUAUCGCGCACACUGACCACGGCGCCCGCAAGUACUUCUACGAGGAACAAGACAUCCCUUCGAAUCCUGGAGCCCAAACCGGCCUGGUCCGCGUCACUGUCGCCAAAGUCACCGAUGAAUUCCGUUUGCAGUCCUUACUGAGGGACAUCGCUCUUCGAGAGGAUGACUCAGCAUUUAAUUGUCUCACGUGGGCCCGCGAGGCCUUCAUCAAAGUGUUGGAGGAUAACAAGUCCGUCAAGAGCUACCUGAAGCCCGAGGACUGGAGUGCCGUCGAGACUUGCGCCAGGAAGUAUUGCAAGCGAAAGCGGGAUGCCGGUCGGUUCCAGGAGGAACCCAACGGUGGUGCCCAUCAGUGGAAUGACAAGCAGAUCAGCACGUUCAACUUCUGGGAGAACCGGGAGACUACGCCUUGAUGUCUGUGGAGGAGACUGGAGGACCUCUCUCAACCAUUUUCAAAAAUAUCAGCUCGGUGCGGAGGUUCUCUUGCCGAGAUCAAGGCGCGAAAUCUUGGUAGCACGGCACGGACAGCUAGUGAGAAGGAGCGCACGACAGGAAUUGUUCUGAUGGCUACGGAGUACUCCUCGUCUCAAUGAGCCGUCCCUCUGACUAUUUCUAGCCAUCCUAAGCCCAACAAUGGUCCUUCACUGUCGAGAUCAAGAUGGCGAAAAGCUGCACCACGAUACUGACCACUUCUCCGUGACUAGGUCAUUGAGCUCACCAGAGGGCUCUUUGUACUACGUCGGUUGGUCACGCAGACUUCACUCUCGAGCUGUGAAGAAUUUACUCCAGCCGCUGUGGCCCAAAAGUCCAUCAGGUCUCGACGUGAUGAUUUGAUGGAUCAUAGAAAUGAAAUGCCCUCCCUGGGGCUAAGACACGGAAAUCAGCAGGACAGAUCAUCGCACAGCUGAUGCAUAACUUUCUGUUCGACACAGCCCGCAAAGCCAAUGUCAAUCUCAGUGACAUACGACACUGUGGAAACAAUCUCGUCUGGGGGAUGUGGCGUGGCAUUCCAAGUCAGAGCAAUAUAACAUAUCACGUCGACUUUGGGGGACAAUUGGGGUGUACUCUAAGCGAACACAUGCUUGCCGUUUGGUACCGAGGCCAGACACAGAGUAUAUCUGAAAACCGAAUGGUCAAAUAGUCUUCGACUGUUGUCAAUUUCGCGGCGCGAGGCUGAAUAUGCCAGGUGUGGCCAGCACUAUUAUUCCCUGAUCAGUGAGCACGUGGGAUCGCCAUCUACCAGUUUCAUGUGUCUGCUCGCCGAUCCGAAUUUCCAUGGACUGGGGAGUUGCAUUAAUCUAUCUUUGAAACCACUCAGGCUUGGGAUAUCUAGAUACCUUUCGGAUCAUCAAAUACCGAUGUUGCAUUCCGGCCAUAAUUAGCUCAAAUCCAGACCGGCCGAUCAGAAUAGUUUGGAAUCCGCUUGCAAACAUCACCAUUCCAUUGCUUGAAUUCCAUAUCCGGCCAAUAUUGACCUGUUGCUGAACCAGA